CUCCUCCCCGGCCCGGGCCUAUGCGGCCCCCCAGAGACCAUGGGAUCCCGGAUCAAACAAAAUCCAGAAACUACCUUUGAAGUUUAUGCUGAAGUAACCUGUUCAGGAACCGGUUGUACUGGAAAAGAUCCUGAGGUGCGGAGGCAAUUCCCAGAGGACUACAGUGACCAGGAAGUUCUGCAGACUUUGACCAAGUUUUGUUUCCCCUUCUACGUGGACAGCCAUGCAGUUAGCCAAGUUGGCCAGAACUUCACAUUUGUGCUUACAGACAUUGACAGCAAACAGAGGUUUGGAUUCUGCCGCUUAUCUUCUGGGACCAAGAGCUGCUUCUGUAUCUUAAGUUACCUCCCAUGGUUUGAAGUGUUCUACAAGCUGCUCAAUGUCUUGGCAGAUUAUUCAGCAAAGGGACAGGAUAGUCAAAGGAACGAGCUCCUAGAAACACUUCAUAAACUUAACAUCCCUGAGCCAGGAUCCUCUGUUCAUCUUGGACUGCACUCUUACUUUACUGUGCCUGACAUCAGAGAACUUCCUAGUAUACCUGAAAAUAGAAAUCUAACAGAGUAUUUUGUAGCAGUUGAUGUCAACAACAUGCUGCAUCUCUAUGCCAGUAUGCUGUACGAACGCCGCAUCCUCAUUUGUUGUAGUAAGCUGAGCACUUUAACUGCCUGCAUUCAUGGGUCUGCAGCUAUGCUCUACCCGAUGUUCUGGCAACAUGUUUACAUUCCUGUUCUGCCCCCGCAUCUAUUGGACUACUGCUGUGCCCCAAUGCCCUACCUCAUUGGAAUACAUUUAAGUUUGAUGGAGAAAGUGAGAAACAUGGCCCUGGAAGAUGUGGUGAUUCUCAAUGUAGAUACCAACACACUGGAAACCCCUUUUGAUGAUCUUCAGAGCCUUCCCAAUGAUGUGGUUUCUGCACUGAAGAACAGGUUGAAGAAAGUCUCUACAACUACUGGAGAUGGUGUUGCAAGAGCUUUCCUAAAAGCACAAGCAUCUUUUUUCGGGAGCUACAGAAAUGCACUGAAAAUUGAACCUGGUGAGCCCAUCACCUUCUGCGAGGAGGCYUUCGUGUCCCACCGCUCCGCCGUCACGCGGCAGUUCCUGCAGAACGCCAUCCAGCUGCAGCUCUUCAAGCAGUUCAUCGAUGGCCGCCUGGAUCUUCUUAACUCUGGAGAGGGCUUCAGUGAUGUUUUCGAAGAAGAGAUAAAUAUGGGAGAAUAUGGUGGCAGUGACAAGUUGUACCUCCAGUGGCUCUCCACAGUAAGGAAAGGAAGCGGAGCCAUUCUAAAUACAGUAAAGACCAAGGCUAACCCUGCCAUGAAGACUGUCUAUAAAUUUGCAAAAGAUCAUGCAAAAAUGGGAAUAAAAGAAGUGAAAAACCGCUUGAAGCAAAAGGACAUCACAGAGAACGGCUGCUCUGCGGUGCCCGAAGAGGCUCUGCCCCGGCCAGCACCCUCUCCUGCGGUUGAAAAGAAGGACCCCAGGUUAAGGGAAGAUAGAAGACCCAUCACAGUGCACUUUGGACAGGUCCGGCCUCCAAGACCUCAUGUUGUGAAGAGACCCAAGAGCAAUAUUGCUGUGGAAGGGCGAAGGACUUCGGUUUCGAGUCCCGAACACCUGGUAAAGCCCAUGCGACACUAUACGGUCUUCCUCUCUGAGGACUCUUCUGAUGAUGAAUUUCGGCAGGAAGAGGAUUCUGUCUGUGGCUUCUCUGAAAACUUUUUCUUCUCUGCUCCUUUCGAAUGGCCGCAGCCCUACCGGGCCCUCAAGGAGUCGGACAGCGYCGAUGGUGAAGAGGCCGCCAGCCCGGAGAGGGGCCGGGAGGCCCGGGGGCCAAGCCCGCUACCCGCGCCCAGGGCCGCCGGCGUCAGCCUGCUCGAGGACAUUUUCCCCGGCUUGGACAUGGAGACGCAGCCGCAGCCUCUCAGCCAAGCCAAGAGCCUGGAGGACCUGCGGACCCCCAAGGAAGAGGGAGACGAGCGGUGCACGUUCGACUACCAGAGGAUGGACCUAGGCGUGUCUGAGAGGAACAGGAUUGUGCCAAGCAUGAAGCUGUCCCACCCCUACAACAAACUAUGGAGCAUGGGUCAUGACGACAUGGCCAUUCCCACCAAGUAUUCCCAAGGCUCGCCAGAAAGGCCCCUGGCGGCGCUGGGGAACGCGGCACCCAGCACCCGGAGGCUGCGCAGCAGGGACACGGCGCUGGCCCCCGCCGACAGGGACGACUCGAGCCCCGCUCCGCAAGGGAACAUCACGAUCCCACGGCCGCAGGGGAGGAAGACUCCUGAGCUGGGGAUAGUCCCACCGCCACCAGCGCCCCGGGCUUCCAAGCAUCAGGCGGCAGCGGCCACAGAAAUUCUCACGCACACUGCAGGCCGCAGCCCUUUGGUCCCAGAUCUUAUCCCAGAGCCCUUUGGACUUGCUAGUGUGUCCCGGGACCCUGAAAUCCAGCAGCCUGUAAGUUACUCCUCUCAUCCAUCGCAGCUGCUGUCCCGUGCUCCCAGCGCUGCUGAGAUGCUCCAGCCUGUCAAGGUGAAGGCAGAUAAUGCAGGCCAUGAGAGCGACUACCUUCUUAGCCUGCUGGAUCCGCUAAAAACAGGCAGCUGGCAAAGCACGAGCCCGCAGGGGCCACCCGGCCUGCAGAGCUCGGUGGCGGGAGGCUUCGCCACGGUGCCCGCUGACUUGGUGCCUCCUGCAGCUGCCCCGUUCACCCAGCCGCUCGGCUUCCCCUCCCCGGCACCCCCCGUGCUGCGCCCGGCCCCGAACCCCUUUACACAGACGGUGCCGGGAGCCCUCUCGGCGUCCCUAGUGAGACCCCCCCGGGGCUCGUUCGCCCCCUCCCUGGGUCACGCCUAUAGCGCAAGCUUUAUAGCCCCUAAUUCUGGUUUCUACCAACCACAGAGACCUCAGCCAAAUAUUUCAACUCUGUCCAUGCCCAACCUGUUCAGCCAAGCUCCGGCUGUGCCACCAGCCAGCUCCUUGUUGCUGCAGAGCCACAGCCUUUCUCCAACGAGCUCUCUCCAGCCAACGUGUCUAAGUGGCCCUGCCCAAACCAGAACGUUGCCAGUGGGACAGUCRAGUUCAAAGGUAGAUACCAAGCAAGCGGUAGCUCUCCUCUCUAAUGAACCUCCUUUGAUCCCUUCCAGGCCAGCUAAGGGCUUAGAGUCAGUGUUAAAACCCUCCAAAUCUGAGGAGACAAGAGAUCCAUUUGAAGAGUUGUUAAAAAAGACAAAGCAGGAGGUGUCAUCCACACCAGGUAAGGUUGAACAGCUCAGAAAGCGAUGGGAAACCUUUGAGUAAGACUCCCAAUGGCCUUUUGUCGUGCCUUGGGAAUCGACAGGGUUUUUGUUUUAUUUUGUGUUUUGCUCCAGCAUAAAACCAGGUGUGUUUU